AGAGAGUAAUAAACCAAAACGCAUCGUUUCAUAAACUCAAUAACCCUAACAACACAGACAGCAAGCAGGCAUCCAAACCCUACAUAAAACCUGACCCCUUAUUAUUGUUAUUUUUUCUCUCUUCCUUUUCUUUCGUUUUCUCGGAAGCCAAACACUAAGAUUAUGGGAGCAAAGGCAAAGAAAGCGUUGAUGAAGAAUUUGAGGAAGAAGGCAGCUUCUUCAGCUCAAUUAUCUAAUGAAAAAUCUACUGCUGAUUUCUUGCCAUUAGAAGGUGGAAGUGGGCGCAAGUUAGCUGAACAGAAAGAAGUAAAGAAAAGUAAUGCAACUGUUUUAUACAUUGGUAGGAUACCUCAUGGUUUCUAUGAGAAAGAGAUGCAAGCUUACUUUUCCCAAUUUGGCACUAUUAAGAAAUUGAGAAUUGCUAGGAAUAAAAAGACUGGAAAAUCAAAGCAUUAUGGAUUCAUUGAAUUUGAAGAUCCUGAGGUGGCAGAAGUUGUUGCAGAUUGUAUGCAUAACUAUCUGUUGUUUGAGCAUCUGUUGCAAGUCUAUCUUAUCCCUCCAGAACAAGUUCAUCCAAAAUUGUGGAAGGGUUUUAAUUAUCGCUACAAACCAUUGGAUUGGGUUCAAAUUGAAAGAAAACUGCAGAACAAGGAUAGAACACUUGAAGAGCACAAGAAAUUGGUGGAAAAGAUUAUGAAGCGAGAUAAGAAGCGGCAGAAAAGGAUAGAGGCUGCUGGUCUUGAUUAUGAGUGCCCUGCAGUUGUGGGCGAAAUUCAGCCUGCUGCAAAGAGGAUCCGGUUUGAUGAAGAUUAAAGGGUCACCAACAGAAAAGAAAUGGAAAGUAAAUUCUUAGCAGAAACUCCAUUAAGCCUAUGUAUGCUGGAGCUUUUGAAUGUAGGAAUCAUCCAUGUAGCUCGUAUGAGCUUAAAUCGAUAAAAUUUGUUUGGCUUUCGACGAUGUAUUCAGUUGUUAAUUGCAAAUUGGAAGUAGCAUGUAUCAACAUAUAUAAUCUCUAAUUCAGUCCUAAUAUUAUAUCUGAUAAUUUUUUGUUUCUCUA